AUGAGCAAGUUACCCAACUAUCUGUCUCCGUAUCCGCUCCUGACGAGCCCGGGUCUCAUACCGCUGUCACCAGGAACAGCGGCUGGAAACCAAUUGGCGGCGGCGGCGGCCGCUGGUCAGCUCUACGACAUCCCUUAUUCAGCUGCGACCUCUAAUGCUGCCGCAGCGGCUGCCGCAGCCGCUGCUGCCGUUUCGUCCCCAUAUGCUAAUGGAUUGGAUCCAUAUUCAUCCAUCGCUGCAUAUUUGCCGGCAUACUCGUACCCAGCCUUGCAUGGAGCACUGACACCAGGAGGAGCAGGGGCAGGGGGUACACCCACCAACGUUGCUCCGUCGUUGUCCCUGUCCCACUACUCUGCUGCAAUGGCCGCUGCUGCACAAUCCCCAGAUGCACGGAUGUAAUGAUGCUCUUAUGUAAAAAAAAAAAAAAAAAGGAGGAAAAAAAAAGCAUCUUCACCACUGAGAUUCCUAGUCAACGUCAUAUACUGCAUACUGCUCUAGCAUAUCGAGAACGGAACGUGAUCUUGAGAAAAAAAUACCUAGGGACUUCUCUCGUGAAGAAACUUUGACUGAAUGGAUUAUGAUUUUUUAUUAUUAUUAUACAAAUUUCGGGACAGAGAAGGACACUUUCGCCCGUAAAAGUAUGCAAGUGAAUGUUUAUAUGCAAUGAGAUGGAAACGUGCGAAAGGUUGAACAACACUGCAAGAGCCAUCAGUGCCUUAGUGUGCAGUGCCCUUCUGCCCCGCCGGGAGACAUCACAAGAUAUCUAUCCGUCGCCGAGGCUUUUUGCAUCAUAUUUUUUUACAUCACCUUUUUUUCUGUUUCUAUUCUUUUUUUUCUUCUCCCUCUCUUUGUAACACCCUUUCUAUUCCCAUGAGACUGUCUUCUCUCCAUUCUUCCCUAUCCCAUGGAUUCUGUUGGAAUCGUUCACGGACCUUCUGCGCACCGAAAUCUAGGGUCACGUUGCACUUGUGCCUCGUCUCUCCUUAUUCCCGUGCCUCAUAUAUUCGGUGACCUUGUCUUCGAUGUUGCCUUUUUCCACCUCUCCCACCUUGGACAUUGCUCAAUGCCACCAGUGACAACGGCGAGAGGUGCCUAAUAAUUGAUUCAUUCUCAAUGUGAUACACGAACGUUAGACGUCUCUGGUGUAGACUAGACCGCCUUUCCCUCUCUUUUGUACAUACCACUAUUUCUUCCCUUGAUUCCACGUCUCCGACUUUGAUCACGUCCGUCGCAUCAAAGUCCACUAAUCCUCAGCUGUCGCCUGGAAAAGGUGAAUUUUGGACAAGGCGCGCUUCGUUCUUUCCGAAGCGGCGCGUCAUCGUCCAUGGAAUUACGGUCCUCAGCUGUUGCUAACCGUCGGGGAAAGGCAACAUCCUUCCUUCAUUACUAUGCCUAGCCAUUAUUUAUUUUGUGAAAUUAUAUUUUGUAAAUACUGUGCAUCAUAAUGUGCUUAUGAAGGGGGAUGCAAGUGACACAUGUUCAAUGGGGGAUCAUGACACUAUUGAAGCGCUCACCUUCUAGCUCAUCUACAGCUAUUCUAUUAUCCAAAUAGAUAUAUUAAUUAUGUUACCAGUUAAUAAAAUAUUCGAUACACA